AUGUCGACAGUGUCUCUUCCCCUUAACUACGAAUCGGCUUUGACAACGGAAUACCUCAGAGGUUUAGCCCAACAAUGGAAUAUAUCCUUUAGCUCUGAAGAGGAAGAAGCAACCUACCUCCUCCUACUUCAGUCAGCCGAGGCGGUGCACCGGCAAAUCGUCGACUUGCCUGACUUUGAUCAUCCGGAUCUUCUACCCCUUGCCACCGCCGAGGUGCGGCAGUUCUGGAAGCCUGACUUUCGUGACAAUCCUUGCAAUGCCUGGAGUCAUCGAUGCAGUUUCCGCGCUGCCCAUCCAACAUCAUCCUUGUUGAAAGGUCGGAGUGUCGCAUUCAAGGAUAACAUCAGCGUGGGCGGCCUUCCCACUACCGUUGGGGCGUUCUCGACACUCGUGUCAAGAGACGCCCGCUUUCCGAUUUCCCCCAUCGAUGCUACAGUGGUGAAGCGUGUGCUCGAAGCGGGUGGAAUCCUGAAGGGAACCGCCACUUGCGAGAUGUACUCGGCCGCACCGCUUUCUUCGACGUCUGCGAGCGGCCCAGUACAUAAUCCCUGGGCACCUGGACAUACUAGCGGAGGAAGUAGCAGCGGUUGUGGGUGCUUGAUGGGCAUGAACGCAGUCGAUCCCAAUCAGGAUCAGCCAAAUCUCGGCGACAGGGCGGAUCUCGCCAUAGGUGGUGACCAAGGGGGGUCAAUUCGGAUUCCUGCUUCAUACUGUGGGGUAUACGGGUUGAAGCCCACGCACGGGUUAGUUCCCUACACGGGAGCAGUGACCUUAACCCCUAUGAUUGAUCACUUGGGAUCUAUGGCCAGCACGCUGAGGGAUAUCGCCAUCCUGCUCCAGGUACUCGCCGGAUACGAUGGAAUUGACCCGCGCAUGACACCCGAAUCGCCGCUUCCUACCGCUGUGCCAGACUACCCUGCCAUCCUGGACGACGUUCGAGUGGAACAAGGCCGCAAGCUGCGAGUUGGCCUCUUGAAAGAAGCAUUUGAGGUACCCGGUAUGUCACCUCAAGUCCGCACGGGUGUGUACGAUGCUGCGGUCGAGUUCUUCGGAGCUGUAGGUGCGACUGUCGUCGAGGUGUCCGUACCACUCCACGCCCAAGGACCUAUCAUAUGGACGGCCGCAACCCGAAUGACCAUGAGUGACUGGGGAUGCCAGUCAUUGAUGCCGGGCUUUCUUUCUUACAAUGCGCCGCAUGUCGAGCUCAGAUGGCCUCCCGACCAGGAAAUGCACAACCUGUUGACAGAGAACAAUCCGAGCAUUAUGAAUCUGAUCUUCUCAGCUGCAUAUCUUAAGGAGACGUUCCCUUCCAAACUGGUUGCCAAGGCCCAUCGCAAGGUUUUCGAGCUGAGGAAAGCUUACGAUGAUGUCCUUGUGGACUUUGAUGUGCUUAUAACCCCGACUACUCCAACACUAUCAUCCCCGCAUCCGGAAAGCCUAACGGACAGAGUCAAGGCGGCUGUGGGGAUUGUUGCCUGUCCUUUUAACGUCACUGGUCAUCCGGCUCUCAGUGUGCCUUGUGGCUUUGGCGGCGCCGAGAAAAGGCUCCCGUUCGGGAUGCAGAUUGUGUCGAAGCGCUGGGGUGAGGAAACGGUACUCCGGGCUGCGGCGUUGUUUGAGCUAGGGAAAGAGGCGUUGCGUACAAACAAAUAG